AUGCUUCUUACUCCCAGCCAAUGGUCUAUACUAGUCACAGUUACAGUCGCCAGCUGCUGCUGGCUUUUCUAUGCACGAGCUCGAGUCUCUAGGAAGCAGCCCUCACCUGCUAGCAAUAGCAAAAGGUUCCGGCAAACCCAUAGGGUUCGAGGUAUCCCUUUAACUUGGGAUAUUAGUCGCCUGCAAGCAUUCUUGGCAUCUCAGAGGAGCUUUGGAGACGCUCUUGUUUAUUCGUUGGCAACCGAAUUGCAAGGUAAUUCACGCUCAGCAACAGCGUUUCUAGGUGGAUCGAAAACGUCCGGUCAGAUACACGUUCAAAAUGAUGUAACGGAUAAACCAUCACGACCCGUCACACUGAGCCUAGAUCAAGAAUUCUUGGGCAUAACCACGCUUUUUGCUCCUGGUGACGAUGACCAUAAGCUCGAUAUCAUCGCACUUGCGGGCCUCGGUGGCCACGCAUUCGGCUCUUUCAAAGAAAGAGGCGGAGAGCAUAUGUGGCUGCGAGAUGACCUGCCAUACGAUUUGACGCCGCUGUCCAACGACCGGCCAAUGGCACGAAUUAUGACAUACGGAUACAAGUCGGUUGUUGUGAAUAGUACAAGUUUCCAAACCUUCGAAGACAUAGCCACGCAGUUGAUAGCAAGCCUACGAUCGCUGGCAGAAGGUCCUACAACAAGGCCAAUUGUGUUCAUUGCUCACAGCCUUGGGGGGAUCAUUGUUAAACAGGCAUUAAUAAUUCUGGCCAAGUCCAAGCUUAUAGAAGACAGUAAGCUCCUCCAAGCAGUGUAUGGAAUCGCCUUUUUUGGUGUUCCCCACCUGGGUAUGGAUAUUGGCUCUCUGGUUGCAAUGACAGGAAACGCACCUUCGAGAUCAAUGGUUGAGUCUCUCAGUAGAGAUAACUCCCAGAUACUCAGUUACCUACAACGAGAGUUUGUGGAUGUGCUUGGACCGGAAGGAAAGUCUGAGGUUGUGUGUUUCUACGAAGACAUGAUGUCUCCUACAGGUGUUCAGGACGAUGAGGGUAAAUGGAAAAUGAACGGGCCAUUAGCAGUGUUGGUCAGCAAACCUUCAGCUACGCAGUGCCGCCCGUGGGAGAAUGGUCCUGAGCAUGUUUGUGCCAUCAGCCGCCCGCACUCAGAGAUAAUCAAGUUUGCGGAGAACGACCACGAAUAUGACAAAGUCCGUAUUGCGUUGCGUGGCCUGGCUCAGCGGGCGGUGAAGGGAUAUCGUAGGAGAAUAGGGUCAGACACAAAGUUCAUUGUGCCGUAUAUCAGAAACGAUGAUUUUGUUGGACGGACUAAAAUUCUGCAAGAGCUUCAGCAACAGCAUGGUUUCGACAAGCGCUCAGUACCUGUCAAAGCAGGCCAUAGAGUGUAUCUCUAUGGACUUGGCGGAGUUGGCAAAACCCAGAUCGCGUUGGCCUAUACACAUUGGCUCCAAGGCUCCAACCCAGACAUAUCAGUGUAUUGGGUCAAUGCAAGUAAUGCGGAACAGUUCCGCCGAUCGUUUCUUGACAUCGCGCAAAAGUGCCAUAUUCCUGACUAUGAUAAACCCGAAGCCGACAUCUUGGCAUUAGUCAAAAAUUGGCUUGAGGACGAACAGAGAGGUUCCUGGCUGAUGGUCAUUGAUAACGCAGAUGACAUGAAAAUGUUUUUCCAGCUGUCAGAGUCGGUAACUUCAAGCGGGAUGACUGCGGCUACACAACAGGGAUUUGCCAGUCAUCUCCCCAACACGGCGAAGGGCGUGAUGCUCAUCACAACUCGGAAUAAAAAGCUUGGAGUGAAACUCACCCGAGGUAAAGGUCACUGCGAUCUCAAAGUUGACCAGAUGCAAGACGACGAGGCCCAGGCUCUUCUGCGACAGAAGUUACCAGAGCAAGAUUACACACUGGAACAGUUAUUGGCUCUUGCCUCCCGCCUUGAACACCUCCCACUGGCCCUUGUCCAGGCUGCUGCUUUUAUGAAAGCACAAAGCAUGUCGAUAUCCAAGUAUUUCGAUCAGCUGAACAGAGACGACAAACAUUUGGUUCGGCUGCUCAGUCAAGGUUUUGAACCAGAUGAACCGAGCACUAGCACGCCCAUCGCUGUAACCGAGACGUUGAUCAUCACGUUUCAGAUGAUUGAAGCGCAGUACGCAUUUGCGGGAGAACUGCUUUCUGCGAUGAGCUUGUUUGAUCGAGAGGGUAUUCCGGAAAGGUUCCUCCUGGAUUAUCAACGCAGGAAUGUCGCUCACACUGUUACAAGUGACAGUUCCGAGGCAAAUAUCAACUUUGAAUGCGCAUUGGGCACUCUCAAAGCCUUUUCUCUUGUGUCAGAGGCCAAGACGGGGAGCUUUAGUAUGCAUCGACUUGUGCAACUGGUGACUCGAAAAUGGUUAAAUCGGAAACAGAAGCUGUCAUUCUAUGCAACGCAGUCUCUCCUCAUAGUUUCCAGCAAUUAUCCCAAGGGCAAAUUUGAAAACAGAACGACUUGCACUGCUUACCUGCCACACGCCACCAUGGUACUCUCUUACAAGAAUAUCAGAGAGGGCGACGAAUUCGUACUUAAAUCAGCCGCCAAAUUCCUUCACCGAACAGCGGAGCAUCUGGGUCACGAGGGAAAGUAUCUCGAUUCUGAAAUAUUGCUUGGGGAGGCCAUUGAGAUCCGGCGACAGGUGCUGGGAGACGAGCAUCGAAAAACACUGAAAAGUAUGAGCGAUCUAGUGGUAAUCGAAUGGAAUCUGAGCGCGUAUGAAGAAGCGAAAAAACUGGCAAUACCUCUUGUUGAGACUCUACAGAGGGUGUUCGGUAAGGAGGAUCGUCUUACAUUGACUGCGAUGAAUACUCUGGCAUUGAUACACUAUAGUCAGGGUAACUUGGACGAAGCCCAGCGUCUUUUCGAAUGGAUGAUGCAGACACAGAAGAGAGUAUAUGGCUACGAGCACCAUGAGACACUCUCUACUGGUAAUAACCUAGCAGCGGUAUAUAGAGGCCUCAAGCUGGUAGACGAGGCCCAAAGGUUGCACUUAUUGAUAGUAGCAGGACGCAAAAAGGUUCUAGGGCGGAAGCAUCCGAGUACGCUGACGAGCAUGGUUAAUCUGGCGACAACAGACUAUGAUCAGAAGCGGUUAGACAAGAACGAGGAGAUUAUUGAAGAAACGCGGAAGAUACAAGAAGAUCUCCUGGGUGAGAAACAUCCUGAUAUGUUAUUGACGGCGAGGAACUUGGCACAGAUCUGGUAUGAGUCUGGGCGCCGUCAAGAAGCGUUGGAAUUGAUAGAGAAUUGUAUUGAGGGGCACCGAGAGGUUUUAGGGCGUGAGCAUGGUGCUACUCUCGAAGCAGAGAGGGCAUCGAGGAAGUGGAAAGAAGAAAUCUAA